UCUGUCCUGCUCCUGUCACUGCUGCUGAAGCUUCCAGCCUCUGAGAACAGGACAGAGAAGCCACUCUGUUUCCCCCAAAUCAGCCCCAGCCUUGUCAGAAAUGGGGAUCUCAUGAUUGGGACCUUUCUCUCCAUGUAUUCAGUUGAAGUGAGCAGUGUCACAGGAGCAGGACUCUUUGGGAGUAAACCUGACAAGGACCGUCAGAAUUAUAAGUGGCUAUACAAAAAUUACCAACAAGCCCUGGCCCUAAUGUUUGCUGUAGAGGAGAUCAACAGGGACCCUAACCUGUUGCCCAAGUUCCACCUCUACAACACCUCCCACAGUGAUGAGAGGACCUUGGAGAGCUCCCUGCACUGGCCGUCUGGGCAGGGCCAGCUCAUCCCUAACUACAGCUGCUGGGAGCAGGACACGUCUGUGGCUGUUACUGGAGGAGCCACCCCAGCUCUGUCUGUCCAGAUGGGGACCCUGCUUGACCUCUACAAAUAUCCUCAGAUCACCUUUGGGCCAUUUGAUCCCAUCCUGUGUAACAGGGCUCAGUUUCCUUCUCUUUACCAGAUGGCCCUCAGGCCCUCUUCCCUACAUAAAGGUAUGGUCAGAUUAAUGAUUCACUUUGAAUGGACAUGGGUAGCUCUGGUGACUGUAGAUGAUCUGAGAGGAGAGAAAUUCCUUCAGGAACUGACAUUGGAGAUGGCAAAUAAUGGUAUCUGCGUGCCCUUAACAGAGAAGAUUCCAGUCAGUGAGAGAAGACACGCAGAAUCAGAGGUAACAUUCAUGCCCAGAAUCGUGAUAUCAGCAUCCAAAGUGAUUUUCAUUCAUGGUGAUACAGAUUCAUUAAUGAUCUUGAGAUAUUCACAAUUUCCUUAUAACUAGUCAUGGAAGGUGUGGGUCCCCAGCUCUCACUUGGACAUUACCAUGAGACCCCAAUAUAUUCAUGGUUAUAAUUUCCAUGGGUCACUUACAUUUUCACACCUAACAAGUGAAGUUCCUGGUUUUAAGCCUUUUCUCAGGACAGUGAACCCUGCUAAGUACUCAGAGGACAUUGUACUGAAAGAAUUCUGGUACUCCACAUUCAGAUGUACAGAUGACCCUGAAAAAUGGAAGCAAGAAGAAUGUUCACUAAAUGCCUCCUUAGAGACUUUGCCUUUGCUUUACUUCCACAUGACCAUGUCUGACUUGAGUUACACUGUCUACAAUGGUGUUUAUGCUGUGGCUUGGGCCCUCCAUGAAAUGUUCCUGAUGAAAUUAGAAGAAGGAUCCAUGUUAGAAGGAGAAAACUGGAUUCCUCAUUCAUGGCAACUCCAUUCCUUUCUAAAGAAUAUCCAGUUUAACAAUAGUGCUGGCGAUCAGGUGUUUAUGGACGAGAAUAGAAACCCUGAGGCUCAAUAUAACAUCCUGAACUAUGUAACCUUCAAUAUGGAUGGCAAAGCCAUGGUGAAAGUUGGACAGUUUAUCCCCAAGGCUGAGCCUGGUCAUGAUUUUACCAUUAAUGAGGAGGCCAUAGUGUGGAGCUGGACAUAUACUGAGGUUCCCAGAGCCACGCGCAGUGAGAGCUGUGGUCCUGGAUUCAGGCAAACCCCUCUGGAGGGACAGCCCAUCUGCUGUUUCAACUGUUCUCUGUGCCCUGAGGGAGAGAUCUCCAAUGAGAUGAAUAUGAAGCACUGUGUGAAGUGCCCAGAAGAUGAGUAUCCAAAUAAGGAAAGAAAUGGAUGUCUCCCCAGGGUUGUGACUUUCCUGGAUUUUUCAGAACCUUUAGGGGUAAUUCUGAUCUGUGUAGCUCUUUCCUUUUCUCUAAUGACAGCUCUGGUUCUCUGGAUAUUUGUGAAGUUUCAAGACACCCCCAUAGUGAAAGCCAACAACCGGGCUCUCAGCUAUACUCUCCUCAUCUCUCUCAACCUCUGUUUCCUCUGCUCCCUGCUCUUCAUUGGCCAUCCAACAUCAGUCACCAGCCUCCUCAGACAAACAAUAUUUGGGGUUGUGUUCACUGUAGCUGUGUCCUCCAUUUUGGCCAAAACUACCAUGGUUGUUCUGGCUUUCAGUCUCACAACACCAGGGAGCAGGGAUAGAAUAUGGGUGCAAUCCAGAGUGUCGAACUGUGUUGUUGUUAUCUGUCCUGGGAUUCAAGUGGUUCUCUGUGCCAUCUGGCUGGGAACCUCAACACCUUUCCCAGACAGAGAUACACACUCUGAACCAGGUCAGAUCAUCAUUGGGUGCAAUGAGGGUUCUGUCAUUGCCUUCUACUCUAUCCUGGGCUACAUGGGAUUCCUAUCACUGUGCAGCUUCACUGUGGCUUUCCUGGCCAGGAACCUUCCUGAUACCUUCAGUGAAGCCAAGUUCAUCACAUUCAGCAUGCUGGAGUUCUGCAGUGUGUGGGUCUCCUUCCUCCCAACAUACCAGAGCACCAAGGGCAAGGCCAUGGUUACUGUGGAAAUCUUCUCUAUCCUGGCAUCCAGUGCUGGGUUACUAAGCUGCAUCUUUAUUCCCAAGUGUUACGUGAUCCUGCUGAGGCCAGACAGAAACACCCAGAAAAGUAUAAAGAAUAAAGUAGCUUCCAUGGGAAGGAAUCAUUCUGGAUCAUUGCCUCCUAAUUCCUUCCAGGGGCAUAAUCGACUUGAAGGAUAA